GUUCUGUCACAUCUGUCGGCAGUCGGCAACUAAUCUGGUGAGCCAUUUUUGUAGAAUUCUCUGAGGAAUUUUUGCAUUUUCACUUAGAUAUUAAUCCAAUUUGACUAGUAUUUGUUGAGUAGGGAAUCAUUCCCUAAAAUAUUUCAUGAUUUGUACCAUCAAGCACCAUCUAGUAUUGAUUCACCCAGGUUACCGGAUGGACAUCAUGCUCUCUUCAUUCUCCUCCCAUCCUCAUUAAAUGAUGGCGAGUGUCGGAAAUAUGGUCUUCACGUUAUGAGCAAAGCUGAGAAGUUAAACAAGUGAGGGGAAAAAAUUGAACGAUCCUCCUAGCUGAACUUGCAUCCUAACUGUGAUUUUUCAAGAUUCAUCUGCGUUCCUACCAUGGCAAUGACUAAAGUGGGAAUUUCGGAAGCUAGUCAGUUGUAUCCUAAACCUGUGAUACUUGAGAACAUUGUUAAGAAAAAACCUGAUCUCUCAUUCUUCGGAAACCUUCAAACUCCAAAAAUCAUUCUGGAACGGAUCAACAACAGACAAAAUUUCAGUUUUGUAUCUGGUAAGCAUACUGAGUUAAGAAAAUAUGAUGUAAUAGAAAUUGAAGAAAGCUUUGAAGAUCAAAGUUUGAUUAAACAUAUUCCUAGAUUAUCAUCCAAUGUUGGGCAGGAGAAAAUCAACCACGCAGACUACACAGUCAAUGUUACAGUUGACACAAGGAAUAAUGAAACAGAAGAAGCGAAGAUGAGCAAACCUAUUUUCACAGUGCAUGAUGAAAAUGUGUCUCUCAAGGAAGUGAUUUUGGAAAGUAAAUCUAGUCCUGAUACUGCCCCAGGCUCUUUAGGAGCUAUUACUUCUCCACAGAGUGGUUUAUGUAUGAAGGUAAAAGAAAUUGGAGGUGAUACUGAUGUAGGCCACUUUUCACCAUUGACUAAAGAUACAUUUUUUAGUCUUGAAAAGGAGGAAGUGAGUGUUGAGAAUAAGUCUCCAACUGAAGGUGAACAUCGCGUUAAUGAUUCUCCUCCUGCAAGUGAUACGGUCGAAUCAAGUCGCAAGAGAGGCUUGAGAAGGCUGGAAAAGCAGUCCUAUCGUAACCAGUAUGCUUGUGAAGAGUGCGUAGUGAAGUUUCGAUUUUUAAAAGACUUGCAGCAACACUUACGAGAACACUCCAAUUCCUUUAAUACAGUGGGACAAAGUUCACCAUUCCAGCCUGAAUGCACCUACAAGAAGAAAAAGUUACCUUCUUUAGAUCAUUCACAGCUGUGUCAGUAUUCAAAGGACUCUCAAGAACAUCAACUGAGCUUUUCUUCUUUGCAAACUCUCAAGAAAGAGUGUGUGGACUUGUCAAGAGAUGUAAAAAUCAACCUUAAUAUUAAGGCAUACUGCUGCAUUGAAUGCCCCCUUAAGUUUAGCAUAGUGGAAGACUUAUACAGACAUUCUAAACAGCACAUACAUAACUUUAAUUCUGGUCUUGAGGAGCCAGAAAUGAAAAAUUUCCCUGAGGAAACCAGAUUCAAAAUGAAUCCUGAGAACAAGUUUUACCACUGUUCGGAUUGUCCUCUAAAAUUUCGAUAUUUAAAAUGUUUUCACAAACACUUGGAAAGACAUAAAGCUAGUGCUACUGAAAGCUCCUCCCUUAGCUCAGAAUCUAAGCAGUUAAUUUUGCUGAAAGAAGUUAGAGUUAACCUUGGAAGAAGAGUAGAAAUUAAAAAAUCUGAUAGUCUGGAGGAUCCUGUUACUAUCACUGAAUCAAAGUUAGAGCCAACUUUAAACGGUGAGCAAGGUAGUGUGUGCCUCACUCAAGAUGAAAAUCGGCAUUGUUGCCCAGAUUGUUCGCUCAAGUUUAGAACCUUCCAGGAUCUGCACUGCCAUUCACUCGUGCAUAAAAAAAUGAAUGGAUUAAGUCAGGAGACGGACGCCAUAGUCGACUGCAAAGGAGAGGAAUCCAAUUCUGAAAGGAGCUGCUCUCCCAAAAAACUCUUACUCACUUGUCCUUAUCGCCCAAAACAAUCUGAGUGUAAGAAAGUAAUUGAAGAGCAUCUUCUUUUAUACAAUAAAAAUGAAGCGAUUGAUCACCAAAGACAUGCACCCGGGCAUAUUGAAGAAAAGCUCCUCUCUUGUGUGCUCUGUCCCUCUAAAAUGAAAUGUGAGAGAAGCCUGAAAGAUCACUUGCAAAUGCAUUCACACGAUGAACCAGAAGAGAAGCCCCUGGAAGUUCAAAAAGUCCUGAAUGAUACUUCUUUCACUCCUAGUGACCGAGUUAGAUUAUUGACAGCCCCUUGUCAAAAUCAGUCUCAGAGUCCUGAGGAACAACAUUCUUUUUCUACUCCAAGAGACCCAGUCAGGGUAUUAACAGCUCCUUACCAAAAUCAGUGCCAAGGUCUUGAGGAAAGUCCCUUCACAUGCCAUCUUUGCAUCUCUAGAUUCACUCAGAAUGCUGAUUUGUUAAGCCAUCUCAGAAGUGUGCAUUCUGAACCGAAAAGUUUUAGCUGUGAACUAUGCCCUCGAAUAUUUUUUCAAGACAGCACCCUCAAACUACAUUUACAAACACAUCAUACUGAAGAAGACCGGUUUGUUUGCAUGGUGUGUCUUGCUAAUUUCAAUGAGAAAAAGAGACUGAAGAAACACUUGCAGUCACACUUCAGUGGAGACCGCUUUACGUGUGCUAAGUGUUCUAAAAAAUUUAAGGAAAAAGGGAUAUUGCAGGCACAUAUCGAAGGCAAUUCAUGUAAACAAAAAUCAAUAAGACUGAUCGACAACAAUAAAAAGAGAUUUGAAUGCCCAAUUUGUCCCAGUAAGUUUACUUUUAAAAACUCUGUUAAUAGACAUCUAAAAGACUGUCAUUCUCAGAACAAAUACAUUUGUAACAUUUGUUCAGCCCAGUUUCAGAUGAAGAAACUUUUUAGAAAACAUCUAAGAUUAAAAGAGUGUGUUAAAACUGCAGUUAAUCCUGAAUCUUCAGCAGAAACCGAAACACUGUCGAAAGCAUGUCAAGAUACAAUUUCCGCCUCUGAAUGGAUACCUGACUUUAUCAGAGUAGCAGGUGAGCCGAAGUUCAUGCUGAUAAACAGUAAAGUACCUGAAAUCGACAAUGAUUUUGUGGAUGAGGGUGGACAACGGUCAAGUCGUAAAUAUUCAAUGUCCAUUCCCACCGGAUCUGAGCUGCAAUUCAGUAGCAGUUGUACCAAUUUUGAAGAAAAGUCAAUUUUGAAGGAGAGAGAGUUAAGCAACACCGAAACCACAUUUGAAGCCAAGUGUGCAGAAUGGAUCAUCUUGAAGUAUGCCAACGAGGAUAUCAUGAUGGACGUUGAAAAUUGAUUCUUAUGUUUCCUGAUGAGAAACGAAAUAAGUAGACUGUGAUAAGCCAAUGAUGUGUUCAUAAUUUGCCUUUUAGAGGUUCCUCUAAUUUCUGUUUUUUGUUCCCUUGAGGGAAAAUGAUAGGAUAAGUCAACCAUCCUGUUUUCUAAGGUGCAUUAGUAUUUACAUGUAUCAAAAAACUGACUGUUGAUUUCAUCUAUGAACACUGAUUUACGCUUAGGUUCAAUAUCUUAAACUUUGAUCUCUUCGGUCUUCUACAUUAUUAAUGUAGAUACCAACCUACUUUAAUGAAUACAUCUCUAUUUCAGAAUUAAAUAAUUUCUGUACACAACUCAAGUUUUUUAAAGGAAAUAAAUCGUAAUGGCAAAUAAU